AUGGCAUGUCCCUUUCUGGAAGACCCGAUUGAUGAAGAAGCAAGACUGAUUCGCAGAGAACUGCGAUUGCGUCGGGCGAGGAUUUUCCGUCCACGUUUGGAUACGUUUUCAUAUCCUCCCGACUUUUUCUUUGAACGUUAUCGUUUUUCGUUACAGUCACUGCAAUACAUUCACAACCUCAUCCGCCCUCUCAUCACUCACAUCACCCACCGUGGACGUGCACUCACCACUGAACAAAUACUUUGCAUUGCUCUACGUUUUUUUGCAAAUGGAAGUUUUCUUUAUAAUAUCGGCGAUGCAGAACACAUAAGCAAAGCAACCGUUUGCAAGGCUAUAAGAAAGGUGUGCCUCGCUCUGAAGCGGUUUUUAUCAGUUUUUGUUGUUUUUCCCGGACACAAACCUGUGAGAGCCAUCAAAGAAGAGUUCCAUGGGAUUGCAGGAUUUCCCAAUGUGAUUGGCUGCAUUGAUGGCACCCACAUUCCUAUCACUGCUCCUUCAGAAAAUGAAGGAGAUUAUGUGAAUAGGAAGUCCUUCCAUAGCAUCAAUGUGCAGAUCAUUUGUGAUGCAGCACACAUUAUCACAAAUGUGGAAGCCAAGUGGCCCGGGUCUGUGCAUGACUCCCGCAUAUAUAGAGAGUCUACAAUAAGCAAUAGACUGGAACGUGGAGAGAUUCAUGGCUUCCUUCUGGGUGACAGGGGUUACCCCUGCCAACGAAAUCUUAUAACCCCUUACCCAGACCCUCAACCAGGACCCCAGCAGCACUUCAAUGUGGCACACUGCAGGACGAGAGCCAGGGUAGAGAUGACUAUAGGCCUGUUGAAAGCCCGUUUCCAGUGCUUACGUCAUCUCAGAGUAACCCCUGAGAGAGCCUGUGACAUAAUUGUGGCAUGUGUUAUUCUCCAUAAUAUUGCAACUAUUAGAGGAGAGCAACACCCUGCCCUACAAAUAGAAGACCCUGAGGAGGACCCCAUCCAGCUCCCAGAAAAUCAGGAUGGAAGGGCAAUCAGAGAUCUGAUCUGCAACAACCAUUUUCCAUGUUAAAUUACAGCCACACAGAAUACCACACUGUCACACGUUCAUUUUAUUUAGUCUUCCUUAUAU